UCUCACCGGAAUCAACACCAUCUUCUUGAAUCACCCCUCAACCACUUGUUAGGCCAACUUACAAUGGCCAUGGUUAAGAACAUUGCAUGCACAUUGUUGCUUGUUGCCAUUAUGGUGGCAGCCACAUUGGUACCGGUGGCGACCGCUGCCAGCGAACAAUCCAUUGAAACCAUGGAUGCAUCCAUCAAGAAGGCCUUUGACGCAGUCAUCGCCGCCGCCCCCAAAGCCAAAAGGUCUGAAGCAGAAUCUGCGGUGCUCAAGCAGAAAGUCGCUGCCACCGCCUCGCUCAACCAGGCCGCCGGAGAUAAGAAGAAAGUUGAUGAAAUUGUGACUGCCUACAAGACGGCCGCCAAUGCGGUCCUUGCCGCUAAGCCCGCCGACAAAUCCGCCGUCUUUGAAAAAACCUUCGGCGAGGCCGGUCAUCCUGCCACCCACCAGGCCGUGGACUCAUUGGAGGAUUCCUUCAAGCAGGCCAUUGAUGAUGUCGUCGCCGCUGCCCCAUCACCAAAGCAGGACGAGAUGAAAGCCCUCGUGUUCCAGCAGACCGUCCUCGCCGCUAACUCGCUUGGCCAGUCUUCAAUGGACACCAAGCUAUUUGCUGCGGUUACCACCGCCUACAAGGUGGCUUCUGACGCUGUCAUCGCCGCUUCGCCCGACGACAAGUUUCCCGUAAUGGAGAAAACCUUCGCAGAGGCUGCUAAGGUCAAAGCGGCAUGAGUGGCGCCUCCUCCGGCCUUGGUCUUGGAUGCACACGCGGAUUGAUCACUUGAUGUUAUUGAUUUUGUUCUCAUGCGUGGAAACGCGCACUAGUUCUUUCUUAGUUCUCUCUUGUAUUGGCGAUUUUUAAUUAGCACUCGUGAUGCAGAUACUGGGAACCCUCACGGCCCGUCACCAUGUACUUAGAUUUUCCCCCAAUGUAUCAAUAUAAAUUACAGUAUUUACUUAUUUCUGUG